AUGACAACUGAAGGUGCGUGUGUUUUAAAACAUUUUUUAAUUUAAAAAUACAAGGAAUGCUUAUCAGUGGUGGUCAAGAUAAUCAACAUAAUUAAUUGAUCAACACAUAUUUUUCUUGAAAAAAAUGGGCUAGGCUAAUGUUUGACUAAAAUGGAAUUGGCUAAAAUUAGAAACAGUAACAUUAGCUAAGCCUAAAAAGCGGGAUCGGCUAAAAUUUGGCUAAAAAUGGGAUUGGCUAAAAUUUGACUAAAUUGGGAUUGGCUAAAAUUUGGCUAAAUACGGAAUUGGCUAAAAUUUGGCGAAAUACGGAAUUGGCUAAAAUUUGACUAAAAAAAGGAUUGGCUAAAAUUUGGUCAAAAUAGCAUUGGCUAAGCUUAAAAAAUGGGAUUGGCGAAAAUUGGAAAAAAUUAAGGUUAGCCAAGCUUAAAAAAUAGGAGCGGCUAUAAUUUUUCUACAAUUUGACUAAAAUAGAGUUGGCUAAAAUUUGGCUAAAAAUAAGAUUAGAUUGGCUAAGCCUAAAAAACGGAGCUGACAGAAAUUUGAAAAAUAUAAACUGGCUUCAAAAAGGCUAAAAUCCCAAAUUCCAGACCAACUGUUAGCCAACGUGUUCAACAACGUGAACCUGCCUGAAGUCAAGUACACCGAGACCGUGACCACCACCACCACCGAAGUACCAGUACCCAAACGUCGUACUGGCCCAGAACCGGCCAGACCAAAACAUUCCAGACAGUCCAGUCAAGCUAGCAAUGUUAGCUUAGGUAGCCGACGCUCUUCCGAACAGAAGCGGAUCGCCGAGGUUCAGAAGCAGGUUGAGCUGAAGCGCGUUGAAGUCUACACAGAUUCUGAAGGCGUAGUCCACCGUGAUGAAACCAUAAUCCAGACCAGAAGCCGCUCCAGUUCGGACUCAUCAACUAGCACGAUUAAGGCUGAGCCAGUCCAGCCGACUGGUGGAAUGGGUCUAGCCAAGGUUGGUGAAUCAGUCCUACCUACGAAUGGGGCUGAUGCUCAAAAUGGUGCCACUCCCACUGGUGGAAUGUUCUUGGCUAAGCUGGGCCAAGAACUCCAGGCUAGCGACGAAAACCCGGCUUAUGCUACAGUAAUCAAGGAGAUCAAACAAGUUACUAAAACUGUUAGUAACAGUGUUACUAGUCCAGCUAGUAAUGAACAUAAGGUACCAUUGGACCCCACUCCAAUCGAUUUGGAACAGGUUUUCGCUGUGAGUUCUACAAGUUUGUAAAGAAAGUUCUUGCUAUUUUUUGCUUUGUAAAGAAAGUUCUUGCUAUUUUUUGUUUUGUAAAGAAAGUUCUUGCCAUUUCAGGGGAUUCCACCGAGAGAAAGAGCAGCCUCAGCUCGUUCCCGCCAGUCCAGUCGGCCGAGAAUUGGCACUCCAAUGAGUAAGGCUGAACAACAUCAAGUGGAACAAGAGCUGGAUGAAUUGGACAAGAACUAUCGUCGCAUCAGCCAUAACACAUCGAUCGAAGGAGAGUAUGAGCUUCGACAUGGAUCAGUUAGAUCUGUAAGUUAUGAUGACGUAUUUUAUGGACCUUUGUUUACAAAACAAAAAAUUGCAAGAACUUUCUUUACAGAACAAGAAAUGGCAAGAACUUUCUUUACAAAACAAAAAAUGGCAAGAACUUUCUUUACAAGAAAUGGCAAGAACUUUUUUUCCAAAACAAAAAAUUGCAUCUAUCGUAUAACUUGUCACCCGCAGGUUGCAGAAAUAACUAGUUUAAUUGUGCUUUAAUAUUGUAAGAACUUUCUUUCCAAAACAAAAAAUGGCAAGAACUUUCUUUACAAAACAAAAAAUGGCAAGAACUUUCUUUACAAAACAAAAAAUGGCAAGAACUUUCUUUCCAAAACCCAAAUUUUCAAUUUUCAGAGCCGAGCUUCAUCAGCGACAGGUCGCGCCCACCUGACCAGUCAAACCGAGCCUCAAGAUCAUAUCUAUGACGAUGUGCCUGAAUCGGAGAAUCAGCAGCCUCCACGACCUCCAAAGCACCGUCGUGAAAGUUCCAAUAGCUCUAGCUACGUGGUGGUACCGUACGAUACGAACGAUACACAAGAUCGGAUUCUGAAGGAGAUUGGCUGGAAAGUGGAGGAUUCUGAAGACAAUCGGGGCUACGGUGGUCAUGGUCAUAAUGAUGACAAUAGUCAUGGCUACAGUAAUCAAGAUGGUAGAGGCUACGGUAAUCACGAUGGUAGAACUCAUAGCUACAGUAAUCACGAUAUUAGAGGCUACAACACCAACGAUGUGUACGAUACAGUCAGAAGCAACAAAAGCACCGCUUCUCGUGCUAGCGUCAAGAUUCUGGCCGAGCCAGCGUCAAAGUCUAGGAGUGGUUCAGUCAAGCCCGUAGCUACGUAUGCUUCACCGUUAAGUGGAUCAGUCCAGCGAAAGCUGAAGACGGGACCUCCUGAGCUGCCGAAUCAUGAAGCUCACGGUGUAGUGCUGGGUGGGGUCGGUCAAAGGAUUCAGAGCUCGAACAGUAUUGGUCAGGGAGUUGGUACUGGAAUAGGACAAGGAGGUAGAGUAGGUAAUGGAACUAGUAUUGGCCAAAGAGUCAGAGGUGAUAGCAUUGGUCAGAGCAUUGGUUUGAAUAGAAAUGACAUUGGCAGAGGAUCCAGGGUUGGUUUUUUUAAAUGGCAAUAACUUUCUUUACAAAACAAUUAAUGGCAAGAACUUUCUUUACAAAAGAGGAAGUGUCAUUUACCGUAUAAAAUGUCACCCGCAGGUUGCAGCAAACCAAAAUUUACUGUUUUAUAUUGAAAAAGCAAAAACUUUCUUUACAAAACAAAAAAUGGCAAGAACUUUCUUUACAAAUAAAAAAAAACAAGAACUUCCUUUACAAAUCAAAAAAAAACAAGAACUUUCUUUACAAACAAAAAAUUUUACCUUUAGAUAUCCGAACACGUUCAAAUGCCACCAAAACAGCCAAUUCGUCAAACCCGAAGUUACAAUGACCCAGUAGCCUUUACUGGUUUCAACUCUCGUCCAUCAGCUCCAAGUCACGGUAGUGUUCACUACUCAGAGAUUGGUGAUGUUCAGUCGUUACGUCGAGCUUUUGAACAAGAAUCUGAAGAUUCUAGAAGCUACGGAGCUCAGAACAACCUUUUCAAUGGUACCUACGGUGGUUCUGGUACCCAAGCUCACGGCGAGCACCCGACAGCUACUAUAAGGUCAGUUAGUCAAGGCUAUGGCAAUGGGUACGGUAGUAAUGGGUAUGGUAGUCAAGGUACAGACAACAGAAGCCAGAACUUAGCCCAAACCGUUAGUAGCGGUCAAAAAGUCUACCGCUCGCCAUCGUCAAAGGCCUCAAACAUAUUGUCAUCGCAACAAAAUGUUGCUCCAACUCACGCGAUUCGCAACGUGGCAACUUCUCAGUCUUACGACGCCAACGACAAUAAGAAUGUGUUCCUGGAGAAGCAUCAAGACUACGUUACCUACCAUCUUUGUGGUCGUCACAACAUCAAAAAGGCCAAGAAGCACCUAAGACAUGUUCAAAUCUACGAGCCCAUCCCAGAAAUUGUUCCGCAACUCGAGCAACAACUGCUUGAACACGAAGCAAAGGAAAAGUUGCGACAACAAGAGGCUGAAUUAGAGCGACAACGUCUGGAACAAGAAGCUGUAGAGCGAGAGUUGCUGCAACAACAACUGCGUGAGCAACAAAAGUUGGAGUUGCAGCGGAUUGAGCAACUACAGUUGGAAAAACAGCGUCUUCAGCAACAAAAACAUCAACAACGUCUUGAAGAGCUGCGAUUCGAGCAACACAAGCUUGAGCAACAAAGGCUGGAACAAGAGGAACGGCACAGAUUGUUCCUUCAGCAACAAGCUCAAGAAGAGCAACUGUGGCAACAAAAGCAAGAAGAGUUGUUGGAGCAACGUCAGCAACAAAAGCAACAAGAGUUGCGUCUGCAGCAAGAGAAACAAAGCUGGCAACAAAAGCGACGCCAACAAGAACAGCAACUUGAACAACUUGAAACGCAGCAACUUCAGAAACAACUGCAACUUCAACAACAAAAACAAUUUUCAAGUCAAAGUCAGCAUCAGACACAGUCUUACCUGGAGCAACGUGAUCAACAAGAUCGUCAAAGUCUACUGUCAGUGCACCUUGAGGAUGGUACUGUACCAGCUUCGUACUAUAAGAAGGCUCAUGUUCGUGUAGAACAACCAGUAUACCAUAAGGAUCGUAACAUGGUCAACUAUGAUGAGUUGACAGCUUUGGAGAAGGCUUUGUUGAAGAGAAGAUUGCUGGAAGAUGGUCAUAACGAGGAGAAGAUUAUUACUGUAAAUUCAUACGGUAAUGCUUACGGCACUGGUAGGUUAUAUUGAUAGGGGUCGGGGUAUCAAAGACAAAAUAGCCUACUCUGUCUUAGAUUGUCUAUGUCUUAAAUUUACCCUACCCUACCACCCUACCCUACCCUACCCUACCCUACAAUACCCUACCAUACCCUACCCUACCCUACAAUACCCUACCAUACCCUGCCCUACUCUAUCUUACAGUACCUUACCCUGUCAUACCUUACCGUGCCCUUCCCUUACUACAGUACCCUAGCUUUAACCAUAGCCCUAGUACUCUAAUAUCAUACUAAGCGUACCAAGCAUGACCUUUCUAAGCCUAAGCCUACAAAGCUUAAGUCAACUAAGACAAAUAAGCCAAGCCUACCUAACCUACCUUACACAACUUUACCCUGCCCUGCCCUACUUUAUUUACUUUGCCCUAAUAUACUCUAUCUUACCGGGUCCUGAUAAUUAACUUCCUCUUCCUUUAAAAAUAUCUACCCCUGCCUGAUACUGAUCUUUAGGCUUAUAAAGACUACCUUCUAAAUCUCUAUUGAUGAAACCUUCUUAUUUUUAAACCCAAAAAUUAAAUCUUUGACUACAUGCGUUUACUGUCUUAUGUCUAAAUAUGAUCCAUGAUGCCUUAGGCAUUAAAAGCAGUAAGCGAAUGUAAAGCAAAUGCAAAGUAAAUUAUUUGUUUUUUCUAAUCUUUCAUCUCAAAUCUCUUCCCUUUUCUUUCAGUCCCCCCCCCCCUCCUCUUCUUUCUCUUUCCCCCUCUCCCCCCCCCCUCCCUCUCCUUCUCCCCCCCCCCUCAUUUAUUCAUUGAACUCCUCCCUUCCUUAUUCAUAUGACUCGCCUGUUUACAUCCCCUGAGGAAAAGUUACUUUCUUUGUCGCAGUAAUUGAAACGCUGCUUUUUUUUGUCACAACAUAAAAAAGACAUCUCUAUUCUGUCAGCGGUAAUCGUAUUUUUAACUUUGCUUAAACCUCCCUUUGUUGAAACGUCGAAAUGAAGGGUAAAUUUACAGAUUUUUUUUAUUUUUUUGAAAUUUUAGGAUAAGAUAGAAUAGUGAUAUUGGGCUUAAAUUGAAGGUAAAGGUCGUGGCUAUGUUAUGUCAAAAAAACUUUUAAAAAUUUUAAAGUUACAGUUAGGAAUAUAUUAUUUUAGUUAUAUGAAGGGUCUAACCAAAGCCAUUUUUAAAACACUUUUGUUUAUUUAAAAACUUUAUGACAAGGUACAAUGCUGAUAUUAAGCUUAAAUUAAAGGCAAUGGUCUUGGUUAUGUUAUGGUAUAACAGCUUUAAAAAAAUGUUGAUGUAAAGGUAUCAAAAAUAUUAUUUUAGUUAUACAAAGCGUCUGAGAAAAGCCAAAAAAAGCUAUUUCAAAACAUUUUUUUUUCAUUUUAAAGGUUUAUGAUAAGUUAUAAAUUUUAAUUUAGGCUUAAAAGAAAGCUUAUGGUACUGGCUAUGUCAUGUAAAAAAGAUUUAAAACAUUUUUAGGCGUAAAGUUACGAAAAUAUUAUUUUAGUUAUAUAAAGGGUUUCAGAAAAGGUAUUUUUCUAAAAAUUUUUGUUCAUUUUUAAAACUUUAUGAUAAGAUACGACGUCGAUAUUAGGCUUAAAAGAAAGCUUAUCAUACUGGCUAUGUUAAUUUAAAAUCAAUUAAAAAAUUUCGUUUGAGAAAAAGUUUGCAAAAUAUCGUUUUAGGUUGACCAAACCAUAAAAAAAGUCUAUCUUUUGGACUUUUUUUAAAUUAUUUUCAAUAUUUAUGGUAAAGAAAGACAGUUAAGUCUAGAGUAAAAAAAUACUAUUUUGUUGGUUAUUUCAUAGUAAAAUGCAUUUUUACUUUGUCUUUUCAAAAAUUCUAAAAGAUUAAUUUUAUGUAAACCUAAACAAGAAAAAAAAACAAUUUUCUGGCUUUUUCCACUUUUUUUAAUUUACUUAAAUUUUAAACUUUUAAAUUGAGAUAAACGGAACGGUUAUGAUUGUACUUAAACUGAAGCUGAUAGUGGUUUUAAAAAUUUUAAAAAAUGGUAUUGUUCUUGUACUGAUACCUCGAAAAUCAUGAUUUUUAAGACGUUCAUAGUAAUAUUAAUAGUUUUAAAUUAACAAGUUAACCUUAAAGUUUGAUAUGUACAAGGCUUAUUAUGUUAGAUAUAAAGUUCUUUGAUCUGUUAUGUUGAUAAAAAAUUUUAAAAAAUAUUUUUUUCUUAAGAAACACACCUAAAAAGCUGAUAUAGGUUUUUAUUGAUUCAUAAGCUGUUUGAAAAGCUAGAAACUUUAAAUUAGGCUUAAAUUAAAGCUACUUCCAUACUCUGUCUUAUAUUAAACAAAAAUGGCAGAUAUUCGUCUUAAACUGUCAUAUAUUUGUCCUAAAAGUGCCAUUUCUAGCCAAUGGAACCAACGAAUCCACCCUCAGUCGCCCUUCAUCGGAAGCCCAUCACGCUCAUGCCAAUUCGGGUGUAACCCAUCAACAUCAAAAUGGCAUUACUCGUGAACAUGAGCAACGUGAAAUUCAUGGUAGACAUGAACAUCACGGUCAGGAACAUGUGUACGAUGAGGUACCGGAUUCGAAGAAAAGAGUCGAAUCUGGCUCUGAAAGUCAUCGUAGCGCCUUGGAGAGCGGUGAUCUGAGCGAUGCUACUUUGCAAAGUCAUAAGGAGUACAAGGAGCAAGGUAUGGUAGACUGGAGAGUUUUUGAAAUUUCAAAAAUUUUAAAAUCAAAAUUUUUUUAAAUAAAAAUAUUUUAAAAAUUUCAGUGUCCCGCUCCGAAAACGGUCAAAGAAUCGUCACAGAACAUCACCACGUCGUCGAUGUGUGCCCACUGUGCACGGUGGAAGAUCGUCGACGUGAACAGGACAAUGUUUCCAUUUUGUCCUUCCCUACCACAAUUUACGACCAGAUUGAAUAA